AUGGCGGGGUUCAGAAGCUUCGGCGCGGCUUGCUGCCUACUGUUUUCGCUUCUGGCGAGCGAAGCUGGGGGCGUCAACUUGGUGGCGUACAUCUCGCAACGAGGUCUGCAUGGAGAAAUCAGCUUCUCCCAGCACGACGAUCGGCAAGUGAUAAUUGCGUCCGAUCUCGAGACAACACUGCAAUAUCCGGACCAGGCCUGGAGCUGGGCCGUCCAUCAGCUGCCGGUCGAUUACACGAUCGUCGACCCGGAAGAGCGAUGCGAUACUGGGCGGCUCGGUGAGCAGCUAUGGUCGUUCGAUGAUGACCUGGGCUACCUGAUGCUGCCGGGAAACGGAUCCACCACUUGGUUGAACACCAUUUCGCUCACCGGCGAGAAGGGGCUGUGGGGUAAGUCGCUGGUGCUGCAUGAUCCGAACGCGAACGUACGCAUAUGCGCCACGAUCACGACGCGCGACGGUUCGCAGGAGCAUCUGGCGGAGGCACGGUUCACGAGCCCGAUCACCGGCUCGAUCUACUUCCGCUGGCUCGCCGCCAAAGAGUCGAACCACUCCGACACACUGAUCUACUCGAAUCUGUUCCACGUUCGCGAGCAAUCGCGCAAGAUGGGCAAUCCCGAGGCGACCGAGCAUGUGUGGAAGAUCUACGUGACCGAUAUUUUCGAAAGCGACGCGCAGAAUGCGGAUGAAAACUGCAACAAGCUGCAGCUCGUUUUCGAUCCACAAAACCGGGGCACGGGGAAGGCCAUCGGUGAUAUCGACAGUCGUGUGGGUCCGCUACGCAUCAGCACCUACUCGCGACGCAACAAGUUUCCGCAGUUGUUCAACGAUAGGCAACUCGUGUUGUUGCCGAGCGAUUUGUACGGUCCCUCGCGUAAGCUGUACGUGGUCGUGUUUGAUCCGAGCCAUCCGGACACUUUCCUAGCGUGCGCCAAGAUCCGUCACCAGAAACCGAGAACCGCACGGGCGCUAGUGGAUGGAGCUGGUAUGCGAGGCGAUAUUCGGUUCACACAACGAUCCCGCUUCGAACCGACGUGGAUCAGUGCUAACUUUGCAUCGACCGCCAACGAUUCGGUCAGCAACGAGAACUACGCCAAAGACGUGUCCAGCUUUAAAGUCAAUCAGCUACCUCUGCAAGCUGUGGCCGCUCCCGAUACCAGCUACUGUUUGACGUCCGGGGACGUCUUCAAUCCAACCGAUGUGGUUGCGAAAUCGGUACCUCCACCCGGUUACGGUACCCAGGAUCAGUACCCCUUGGGCGAUCUGAGUGGGAAGCUUUUGAAUCGUAACAGGAACGACCCCCACGCGCUGUUUCUACCUGGCCAGAGUGCGGAACUGUCCGGUAUCUACUGGGACACCUUUCUACCUCUGCAAGGGCCCAACUCAAUCAUUUUCCGAACAUUCUCCGUCCAACGGUUCAACCGAUCGCAGCCGGCCAACAUUACCGAGUCGCCAUGGGCAUGUGGAACGGUGGCGCUUUACGAAACGAAUCGCCCUUAUCAGGUUCCCGUUCACACGGCACAGGUCCUGUUCCGGUAUCCGAUCGUGGGCCGCGUUCUAUUUCGACAGGCAAAGGAUGAACCCUGGGCCGACACGGCGGUCAUAGUUGAGUACCUCGUUCACGCUGACGGCUCGAACAUUAACAACACGGCCGAUCAUCGAUGGUCCAUAACGAUGGAUGCACCGGGCAAAGACUUCUACGACUGGCAGAAUCGGUGUGUCAGCGCCGGGAGCGUGUACAAUCCGUUCAAAGCGGCCGCCCUGUCGGGCAAGGAGUGGAAUGAGGUCUGCACGCCCCAAUCCCACGAACUGUGCCGAUUAGGUGAACUGUCGAACCGCCUGGGGGCCCUAGAAAUCGCAGGCAACAAGCGGGAAGCAUCGCGAGUCAGCCGAAAGAUGUUCGUCGAUCAAAAUCUCCCGUUGAGCGGUUAUGCGAGCAUCAUUGGACGGUCGCUGGUGAUCUUCGACGAUAAAGGACCGAAAGCUCGAGGCGAACGGUUGGCAUGUUCGGUGAUUGGUGGCUACCAUCGCAGAAAGGUCGUUGCAAGGGAUUGGUAUUCGAAUGGCGAUCCUUUGACCAUGAAAGGCAAGCUGGAAAUGGUACAACAGUCGGAGUACGAUCUGACCAACGUUGAUGUUGACUUCAAGGGCCUGGACAAAAACAGUGGCUAUCAUGUGCACAUCGCGCCUGUCGAGGGAGACUUGGAAUUUCCAUGUGAAGACUCGACCGUGUACGGCCACUGGAAUCCGCGUGGUGUCGAUCCGAAACGCUCUCCGUUGCCCGCCCUCGGUAGCACGGAUGAGUACGAGAUUGGAGACUUGAGUGGCAAGUUUGGGACACUGGAUGGGGUCACGAUGUACGAGCAAGCAUAUAACGACUCGCGAUUGCCUCUGUACGGGUACGAAAGCAUCAUUGGGCGAUCGAUUGUGAUACACAAGAAGGAGAAGAACCGUCGGUGGGCUUGCAGUACUUUGGAAAGAGGAUACAGUCCUAGCGAGGCGCGAGAAAUCCGGGCCAUCGCUUCGUUCCAUCAUCCGGCGGGUUACGCAUAUGGGUUCAUACGAUUCACGCAGCUCAUUGGCAGCGACAACAGCCAGAGUGAUACGUCGAUCGAGGUGAAGUUGCGCUACCCGGGCAAGCACGAUCGUAAUGUGACGCACAACCAUAGCUGGAAUAUUUGGGUUAACCCGGUAGGAGUUGAUGCCACGGUCCCGCCGGUUGAAACACGAUGCGUGGCAGCGGGUUUCGUGUGGAAUCCCUACUACACUCAGCUGGCUGCCCCAUUAAACCACGAACUGUACAAACAGGAAUGCGGACCCGAUAACCCUUUGCGGUGCUACGUCGGGGAUGUAUCUGCCCGCCUGGGUCCGAUAUCGAUCGGCAGCCAGAGACAGCUUUUCACCGACACUAACUUUCCGCUAGAGGGUACGGUAAGCGCUUUGGGGCGAUCGAUAGUAAUCUUUGGUCCGGACUACUCCGGCUUCCGUUUUGCCUGCGCAAACAUUCAACCUGACCACGACAUCGUAAAGUAUAUCAAUCUCAAGAAACCGCCGCGGUUUGUGGUAGCACAGUUCCUGGAGGACGUGCGCCAUGUGAUGGGACUGCCAGAGUGGAUGCUGGCGAUCGAUUCACGCAGCACCAAAACACUGCACAACGACGCCUGCAUUCAAAUGAUCGUUCAUUUCAAGGGUCCCAGUGCCCACAAAAUCGAGCAGGACUUUUCACGCCUGCUGGCCGUCGGGCGGCUCGAUUCCCCGAGCAUCAGCAUUCCCGGAUACGAUAACAGCAAACGGAAGCGAACACUUUCUUAUCGAACGUGCGGAGUGCGUGAUCCGAACGAGAAGAACGCAAAGGUCCUGUUCGCCAGUAGUGCGGCAGACAUCAGGAAACCAAUGAACAUAGUCCAUUUAACUGCGAUACCUCUUUUGCGAUUGCUCACUCAAGGAUUUAUCAAGUAA